AUGCCUGAAACUGCAUCUAUUCCCUUGUUCGACGUUCAUAACACGGGAAUUUGGGUCAAGGCGAUCGUACGAAAGCGAGACCAGCUAUUGGGGAAGCGUAUACUAGGCGCUACAAAGUAUACAACUCCCAAGAAAGUAGUCAAGGGGUUCAAGCAGGCCUUCCCAGAGGCUGACUCAAUAGGGUUGCCGGACUGGGCAGCAGAAUCAAUCUUAGAAAUAAUGCGCCUCAUUAAUAAGGGCAGGUACUUUGGUUUUAAGCUGUUGGAAGAGAGCCUUGCGGUAGAUUUCUUAAAGAAGCAUAAGGGCUUCAAGGACCUCAAAUAG